CGCAUUCUACACAAAGUUGACCUAGCCACGUCCCUCAUUCAGAAGGCCAGGUCUAAGGGAGUGUCACUGUUCCUUCCUCGUGAUGUUAUGCUUGCUGAUAGGUUCUCUACUUUUGGAAAAACAAAUUUGAGGGAAAGAAAAUUCGCAUGAUUUAAUGAAUUAAAAAAAUAUCAUGUGAAUUUCAAAGAGUUUUAAUCAAAUUUGAAAUUCCUCCAUAUUCUCCAAGGGCAACUGCAAUACCAGAUGGCUGGAUGGGGUUAGAAGUUGGAAAUGAUACAAUCAAAUAUUUGGGGAAGCUUUGGAUGCCACCCAAACAAUUCUUCUCCAACUGGUCACAUCUCAUAAUUACUCCCACACUUCAACUAAUUACGGAUCAUGAUUAGCAUGUACGAAGCUUGUACGGCCAUUGCGAAGAAACUGGUACAGCUUAGUGGACAGGGAGUGACGACAAUAAUUUGAGGACGAAACUCAGUUGCAGAAGUCGAGAAGGUUGGGCUUGGAGCUAAGAUGAGCCAUAUCUCGACAGAAGAUCGUGCAAGCCGAGACCUACUUGAAGGGAAAAUCCUUCCUGGUAGUUAGCGCAACUCCAAUACCAGAUGGCUGGAUGACGUUAGAUGUUGGAUCGCAUACAAUCAAAUAUUUGAUGAACCUUUUGAUGCCACCAAAACAAUCAUAUGGAACACGCAUAUGGGUGAGUUUCAGCCAUUGCAAUUUGCAAAGAAACUGGUAGACCUUAGUGGGCAGGGAGGGAGUGACGACAAUCAUCGGAGGACGACACUAGGUUGCAGAAGUCCACAACGUUGGGCUUGCAGCAUUCACUUUCAGUUGCAUACAUGUUUCAUGUUCCACGGGUCGCAAGCUAUUAAAGUUCUUCCAAUUAAGGGUAGACUUGAAAAAAUAAUGUAAUAUAGUACUCACUUCCACAUAUGAAGUAAUUUUGUUUUCAAGUGGACUACUAAAUAGAGGAGUAAUUGGGGUUCUGCCUUAUGACAGGGGAGUACCUCCCAAGUGCACCGAACUUGGACUUUUUCUUACUCAUGGAAAAGGUCUAGGAAAAUGAACAACAAUUGCACGUACAACAUCAGAGAAUUGGGACCAUGGAAAAAUGAAAGGAUCUGUUGGAAAUGAUCACGGGGUAGGAUUUGCAUCUGGCUCUGAUUCAGGAUCUAGUGUUAGCUCUUCUGGCUCAGGUGAUGAUCAUAGCCGCAUCGUCGUUCUCAGUUCUCCUCUUUCAGGAGGAAUUGGUGAUAGCAGGCAUAGUCCAGUCUCACAAAGCCCUGUCCGUUCAAGGGUGCCUACAACCAGUUCUUUGCCUCUGCAUCCUCGGUCUAGAGGGGUUAAUUUGGAUACUCCAGCAGGAAGGUUGGAUGAAGGGAACAGUGAAGGCCACCGGUUGCCUCUUCCACCCGGAUUUCCUAAUCAUCUUCUACCGGCUUCUCCUACCAGGCCUUCUACUUUGCCAAUUCCUAGAACUUGUGGUAUAGCUGAAGCCUCAACUGUUAAUCUAUCAAAAUGGAAAAAAGGAAGGCUUCUGGGAAGAGGCACAUUUGGCACGGUCUAUCUUGGAUUCAACAGUGAGAAUGGGCAGAUGUGCGCAAUUAAAGAAGUGAAAGUUGUUGCAGAUGACCGGACAUCCAAAGAGUGCCUUAAGCAGUUGAACCAGGAAAUCACUUUGCUCAGUCAAUUUUCACAUCCAAACAUUGUUCGGUAUUAUGGGAGUGAACUGAAGAACCAAAUUCCUAAAUCCUCGCUCCCCUCUUCGUGCUCGCAGGUAGUUCAUGCGAAAUGCCUGCUUGAGAGAAGAGAGAGACCUAAGAGCUUCGGCGAGCUCUCUGGUAUGGAGGAAACCAGGAACUCAACCAGAGCCAGUAGAGAUUUCCCUAGCGCCAGAGGUUCUUCUGGAUUCUCAGGCUUCGAUUCUCCUUCUUCCAUGGACAGAGGACAUCCGCUGCCGGAGCCGUCUGUGUCCCCUUCUUCUGUUGGAAAUGAUCACGGGGUAGGAUUUGCAUCUGGCUCUGAUUCAGGAUCUAGUGUUAGCUCUUCUGGCUCAUGUGAUGAUCAUAGCCGCAUCGAUCGUUCUCAGUUCUCCUCUUUCAGAGGGGGAAUUGGUGAUAGCCGGCAUAGUCCAGUCUCACAAAGCCCUGUUCGUUCAAGGGUGCCUACAACCAGUUCUUCACCUCUGCAUCCUCGGUCUGGAGGUGUUAAUUUGGAUACUCCAGCAGGAAGGUUGGAUGAAGGGAAGAGUGAAGGCUACCGGUUGCCUCUUCCACCCGGAUUUCCUAAUCAUCUUCUACCGGCUUCUCCUACCAGGCCUUCUACUUUGCCAAUUCCUAGAACUUGUGGUAUAGCUGAAGCCUCAACUGUUAAUCUAUCAAAAUGGAAAAAAGGAAGGCUUCUGGGAAGAGGCACAUUUGGCACGGUCUAUCUUGGAUUCAACAGGCCUUCUACUUUGCCAAUUCCUAGAACUUGUGGUAUAGCUGAAGCCUCAACUGUUAAUCUAUCAAAAUGGAAAAAAGGAAGGCUUCUGGGAAGAGGCACAUUUGGCACGGUCUAUCUUGGAUUCAACAGGUAUGUCCAUGCAUUUGGAUCUGUUGGAAAUGAUCACGGGGUAGGAUUUGCAUCUGGCUCUGAUUCAGGAUCUAGUGUUAGCUCUUCUGGCUCAGGUGAUGAUCAUAGCUGCAUCGAUCGUUCUCAGUUCUCCUCUUUCAGAGGAGGAAUUGGUGAUAGCAGGCAUAGUCCAGUCUCACAAAGCCCUGUCCGUUCAAGGGUGCCUACAACCAGUUCUUUGCCUCUGCAUCCUCGGUCUGGAGGGUUAAUUUGGAUACUCCAGCAGGAAGCUGAAGCCUUAACUGUUAAUCUAUCAAAAUGGAAAAAAGGAAUGGUUCUGGGAAGAGGCACAUUUGGCACGGUCUAUCUUGGAUUCAACAGUGAGAAUGGGCAGAUGUGUGCAAUUAAAGAAGUCAAAGUUGUUGCAGAUGACCUGACAUCCAAAGAGUGCCUUAAGCAAUUGAACCAGGAAAUCACUUUGCUCAGUCAAUUUUCACAUCCAAACAUUGUUUGGUAUUAUGGGAGUGAACUGGAACUAUACAAAGAAGAUGAAGAUUUCAAGGAUGUGUAUGCCCAAUGCCUCUCUCGGCCCUAUGGAGACUACCUCAUCAAGGACGGUUAUCUUUUCCAUGGAAAUCAACUGUGCAUUCCGAAGAGGAGCGUACGAUCUAGUGUUAGCUCUUCUGGCUCAUGUGAUGAUCAUAGCCGCAUCGAUCGUUCUCAGUUCUCCUCUUUCAGGAAGGCUUCUGGGAAGAGGCACAUUUCCACGGUCUAUCUUGGAUUCAGCAGUGAGAAUGGGCAGAUUUGCGCAAUUAAAGAAGUGAAAGUUGUUGCAGAUGACCGGACAUCCAAAGAGUGCCUUAAGCAGUUGAACCGGGAAAUCACUUUGCUCAGUCAAUUUUCACAUCCAAACAUUGUUCGGUAUUAUGGGAGUGAACUGGGAGAAGAGACGCUCUCAGUUUACUUGGAGUAUGUUUCUGGGGGUUCCAUUCAUAAACUGUUGCAAGACUAUGGAUCGUUUAAGGAGGCUGUUAUUCAAAAUUAUGCUAGGCAAAUUCUAUCUGGCCUGGCCUACUUGCAUGCAAGAAACACCGUGCAUAGGGAUAUUAAAGGAGCAAAUAUAUUAGUUUACCCCAAUAGUGAAAUCAAGCUUGCCGAUUUUGGCAUGGCAAAGCAUUUGGUGAUGAAUACAAAUGGCUACAGCCUUGCAGUAGAUAUAUGGAGCCUGGGCUGUACAGUUCUUGAAAUGGCCACAUCAAUGCCACCUUGGAGUCAAUAUGAAGGGGUUGCUGCAAUAUUUAAGAUUGGAAAUAGCAAAGACAUGCCUGACAUUCCUGAUCACCUGUCAACUGAAGCAAAAAGUUUUGUUAGGCUAUGCUUGCAGCGAGAUCCUUCUGCACGGCCUACAGCAUCUCAACUUCUUGAGCACCCUUUUGUUAAAGACCAAAUUCCAACAAAAGUUGCCCACAAUGCAGCCGUUGCGGCACUUUUCGCCAUGGGUGGGAACGUGCCCGGUGCCGGAGUUUGCAAAGCUCCGCCCGGUCUCCAUGCCGAACACGCUGCCACUUCCCAACACAAGGGGAAGAAGACCCGUAGGAGCAAAAGGAGGCCCGGCAAAGCCCCGGUGUUUGAGGUGGUGAUAGUCGAGGACAUUCCUGAAGGAGAAGACGAUGAGUCCAGCGAGUGCCGGGUGUCGGCCUUCAAGCGCUUAGGAGGUGAAGAGACCCGGGUGUCGGCCUUCGAUAGGCUCGACCACGGACCGAGAGGUCACCCGGGCGACCUCCGCCGACAAAUAACCGAAGGUAGGCGGAGGCAUGCUGAGGAGUCCGCGACCUCGGAUGCACGCUCGGCGAGGCCCGAGCGGAGCGGAGAAAGACGGGACGAGCGCACCCAGCGUCGCCAUAGUCCAACAAGAACUGAGAAGACAAAGGCCUCUGACCAAGGGGUAUCUCGGCUCACUCGUGAGAUUGCCGAGCUCAAGCGCCGAGUGGAGACCAGGGCUCCCUACAGCCAGCCCAUCUUGCGGACGGUAACCCCGUUCACUCCGAGGGUUAUGUCGGUUCCGCUGCCGGCAAACUUCUGGCCGUGGCAGAUCAAGGCCUACAACGGAACGACGGACCCCCAAGAUCAUUUGUCUAAGUUCUAUGCUUCUAUGGAAGCGGCGGCAGCCCCGGACGAGGGAACCAUUGACGAUUGGGAUACGCUAGCGGAGAUGUUCUUGACGCACUUCGCAGCCAACCGGAGGCAGAGGCUACCUUACUCCCACCUGCUCAACAUUUGCAUCCGUAAAGGAGAGAAGAUCCGCGACUUCAUAACCCGGUGGGAGAAGGAAGCCAGAGACGUGCACGGGGCGGAUGACCAAGCGUUGGUGGCCAUGUUCCAAGCAGCCCUUCCCCGCGGUGAGGUGAGGAAGGAGCGCCGCAAGAAUCCUCCCCCCACGUACCAAGAAACCUUGGCGCGCGCUAAGUUUUUAACCUUAGAGGAAUUCGAUGAUGCCCCCGACUCUGAGGCCGCACCGGCCAAGCGAGCUCCCGCAGAUUCAGAGGAGAUAGCGAAGAAGAGGAAGAAGAAGAAAGACUACACUGUGUGCCCGAGGACGCCCUCGGCGGGUGUGUACUCCGUGGGUGCGUCCGUGGGGACAGGCACGUGCGCACUCCUCUCCGGGUUCACGGGGGACUCCAUCGAGGCCGAAGGAGUCAUCACCGUGCCCGUGAUAGUAGGGGAUGGUGCGCACAAGGCCAAGUUGAAGAUGGAGUUCAUGGUUGUGAGCAUCAGCUGUGCGCACAACAUGAUCUUAGGCCUUGAGGACUUGGAAUGUGUGAUCUCCCCAUACUACUUGUGCAUGAAGUUCCCCACUCCUUCGGGAAUCGGGGUGGCGAAGGGAGACCAAAAGUUAGCCCGAUUGUGCUAUGUCCGAAUCACAAAGAAAUUGCCAAGGGAUGAGACGUUGGUCAUGCACGCACAAGAAGAAAUGCGGAAGGUGAAGGUCGAGGCGAGCCUAGCCGGGAGCCAGCGGAAGCGCUUGGUGGACGCGCUCUCCGCCUACCGCGUGAUCUUUGCAUGGGGACCCGGGGAUAUACCGGGGGUAGACCCUAAGCUCAUAUGUCACUGCUUGGCAGUCAACCCGGAGGCUAGGUCGGUGAAUGUGGAGCAGAUCCGUCGGGCGGAAAAUGCCGAGGCGGAUAUUUUGUCGAAGCUGAGCUCGGACACGCCUGAGCACAUCAGGCAAAUGGCGAACUUGGAAGAGCUGUCCGAGCCGAGCAUCCAUGCUUCCCCUAUGGCAAUGAUCUGUGCUCGGCCAAGAGAUUGGAUGGACGACAUAGUCGCCUUCUUGAAGGACGGCGCUCCUCCUCAGAAGGAAAGCAGAGCGCAGACCAUACCCGGAUGUUCUUCCCGGAUGGAGGUCAAACACUCGCGCUCGGCACUCCUCCUCGGAAGGAAGGCCGAGCGCAGACCAUACCCGGAUGUUCUUCCCGGAUGGAGGUCAAACACUCGCGCUCGGCACUCCUCCUCGGAAGGAAGGCCGAGCGCAGACCAUACCCGGAUGUUCUUCCCGGAUGGAGGUCAAACACUCGCGCUCGGCGCUCCUCCUCGGGGAGGGAAGCCAAGCGCAGACCCUACCCGGAUGUUCUUCCCGGAUGGAGGUCAAACACUCGCGCUCGGCGCUCCUCCUCAGGGAGGGAAGUUGAGCGUAGACCAUAUCCGGAUGUUCUUCCCGGAUGGAGGUCAAACACUCGCGCUCAGUGCUCCUCCUCAGGAGGGGAGCCAAGCGCAGGCCAUACCCGGAUGUUCUUCCUGGUUGAAGGUCAAACACUCGCGCUCGGCGCUCCUCCUCGGGGAGGGAAGUCGAGCGCAGGCCAUACCCGGAUGUUCUUCCCGGAUGAAGGCCAUUGCGAAGAAACUGGUACAGCUUAGUGGACAGGGAGUGACGACAAUAAUCGGAGGACGAAACUCGGUUGCAGAAGUCGAGAAGGUUGGGCUUGGAGCUAAGAUGAGCCAUAUCUCGACAGAAGGUCGUGCAAGCCGAGACCUACUUGAAGGGAAAAUCCUUCCUGGAUCUGUUGGAAAUGAUCACGGGGUAGGAUUUGCAUCUGGCUCUGAUUCAGGAUCUAGUGUUAGCUCUUCUGGCUCAGGUGAUGAUCAUAGCCGCAUCGAUCGUUCUCAGUUCUCCUCUUUCAGGCUUCUGGGAAGAGGCACAUUUGGCACGGUCUAUCUUGGAUUCAACAGUGAGAAUGGGCAGAUGUGCGCAAUUAAAGAAGUGGAAGUUGUUGCAGAUGACCGGACAUCCAAAGAGUGCCUUAAGCAAUUGAACCAGGAAAUCACAUUGCUCAGUCAAUUUUCACAACCAAACAUUGUUCGGUACUAUGGGAGUGAACUGGGAGAAGAGACGCUCUCAGUUUACUUGGAGUAUGUUUCUGGUGGUUCCAUUCAUAAACUGUUGCAAGACUAUGGAUCGUUUAAGGAGGCUGUUAUUCAAAAUUAUGCUAGGCAAAUUCUAUCUUGCCUGGCCUAUUUGCAUGCAAGAAACACCGUGCAUAGGGAUAUUAAAGGAGCAAAUAUAUUAGUUGACCCCAAUGGUGAAAUCAAGCUUGCCGAUUUUGGCAUGGCAAAACAUGUACGUAUCAACUAAAUGUUUUGGGUAAAUCAUUUACUACUCUGCAAUUUCAUGGCAAUUAGUGAAAAUGCGGUUUAACUAAUUCCAGAAUUUAACUCUUGGAUUUCAAAA